AUGACUAUCAACGGCGCGAGCGCCUCCACCGGCCCCAUCAGGCUCAGGCACGUGCUAAGUGUUGACGCCCCUGGCACCCCGACCGCCGCGAAGAGGGAACAGAGCGCGAUCAUAGCCUUGGGAUUUGACCUCAGGUACUCGACAUGGGGUUUUCGCAACCACUCUUGCAAACUGGGAUCAGCUUUGCCGUACGCCUCCUGCAGCUUUGGCCUGAGCUGA